UUGAUUUUGUAUAAGCGCAUUCAGUAUUACACUAAGAAACCAUCGAGAUUCACUUUAUUGUGGGACAAGAAUUUGACAAGAACAUAUCAAUAUCAAAGUGAAAAACGUCAAUGUUCAAAUGGACGAAGUGGUUAGCUAGCAUUUUAAGUCAUAUUGUCAAAAGGUCAAUGCAUUGACGAUGUCUGAUGUAGUCGAAAAUCUUAUAUGUACAUGCAAAUAUCUAGUCGUAAUUAAAAAAGACUGCAAGUUCAUUGAUAAGCGCACUUAAUAAGCUAAAAAAAUAAAUAUUUACUCGGCAGAAAGUUUCUGCAACUUAAUAAACAGACGUAAAAUACGAUAGUCCCAGUAUGGAGAUACCCUUUUCUAAUGUGUUGUUGCUCUGUUUAAUAUUCCUGCUAAUCGGCGGAGUAAUUAUGAUAUUGCUUCAGUAUUUGCUUUUUAUAAAAUUUUCAAAUUUACCUGAUGAGAGCGAGGAACAAAAAAAGAUGAAUGCCAGAUACACCUUACCCCUGAACAUCAAACAAACCGCCCGUAAUCUGAACACGGCACAAAACGAAGGUGGAAACUUCGAGAUACAUCAGAAAAGCGAUCAGGGCUCGUCGACGUUAAUAUCAUUGAAUUUUGUUAUGCAGUUCUUGUUCCAUGAGUUUAAAAACUCGAAUCGUGUGCGAAAAUGGUUUUAUCGAAAGCUUUCCAUUGAACUGGAUGAACUGAUUACAAAAACCACAACAGGCAAAUUGUUGGACAAGCUAACGAUUAGGGAACUUGAGCUGGGAGAUCAGUUUCCAAACAUCAGAUCGCUUUCGGUGCAUAACGUCCAACUUGACGACGCAGAACAGCGCAUUGAGAACUUAGACUUGUUACUGGAUAUUAACUAUAUCGGAAACUUCUCGACAUCGAUUGAUGCGGAUAUGGUACUGGGCAAAAAGGGUUCCAUAAUGCUAAAAGUAACACAACUGUCUGGCAUGGCACGUCUACAGUUUACUCGGAGGCCAUACACUCACUGGUCCCUCAGCUUUUUAGGUGACCCGGAACUUAACUUAGUUAUCGAGUCAAAAUACCAAGGUCGCCAAAUGCAAUCUAACAUAACGAAUCUUAUAUCAAAUCAAAUACGCAAAGCAGUACGCCGCAAACAUACCCUACCCAACUAUAAGCUGCGUUACAAACCCUUCUUCCAUUGGGCGGCGGAGGAAGAGACAAGUGACUGUGACAUACAGCCCAAUGGCGAUCUAACCGUACGUGUGGCAGAGUUGUCACGGCUGAUGGCCUGGCCGGGCACCAGCAGCAUAUACUGUACUAUAACGCUGGCGCCAGUGCCUUUCAUUGAGGCACAUCAGAAAGAUAACCGACACGUGUUAAUCUCCAUGGAUGUGGUUAUACACAAGGCCAAGAAUCAACAGAUAGGUAUUGUGUUUAAGCAAAGUAGCAGUCAGGUGGUGAAGAUCGAGUCUAUUCUGCCGAACACGCCAGCCUGCAAGGCUAAUCUUUUGUCUGGUGAUGCACUUGUUUCUAUUGAGGGCAAACAGGUAACAACUAUUCAACAAAUUGCGAAGGUUGUGAAGAACCUACAGUCCACAGUCUGCUACCUGCGCAUCGAGCGUAUCAUUCCCGGAAUCAUACGUAACUAUGCCAUUCUGGAGGAUCUAGAGAAAUAUGACGAUUUGUGCGACAUUCCUGUAGCUCUUAAACAUGACGCUGACGACCCCGAGAUGAUUCCCAAGCAUUUACAAGUGAAGGCUGGUCGCAACACUGAGUCUAGUCUGGGUGCUACUCUAACGAACUCCCCAAAAAAAUCAAACAUAAUUGCAAAAGCCAUCAAGAAGACCAUCAGUCGAGAAAGCGGUGACAGUCAAAAGGACAAAGACAAAUCCAAAUUAGACGACACUCCUUCAAAAAUGCCCUGCCCGAAUGAUGAUAAGGUAUCUAGUGUGAGCGACAAGUCACUCGAUGAAGUCAACUAUUUCUAUCAACACUCGACUAUCGAUUGCACCUUCAGCCCUCUUAUACGCAUGGAUGAUAUGUGCAAUUUUCAGCUGGAUGCUAAGAGUCGCUUUCUAAACGUAUGUGUGUUUGGGAAGUGCGCAGGUGAGAGCAUACUGUUGGGGUAUUACAACUUACAGGUCGGUCAGAUAUUAGUCGAAUGCAGCGAGACCAGCCUGAAUCAGUCCCUAAAGCAGAUAGCUUUAAAUCCGCCAACUCUUUUGCCAGUUAAAGCACAUCCGUUGUCCACUCAAUCUGGGUUCAAUCCCAACCUGUGCUUCGGAGAUAUUUUGUUUGGAUUUUUAUGGAAUGGAAAUCCAAAUGCUACUGCGAGUGAGAGCACAGUCAAGAGUACUACCAAGUCCCAAUCUCCAGCCAGCCAAUCAGCUGCAAACGAUAAAGUUCAGAAUGAAAACAGCGGAGAGACUGUGUCAUUGAAAUCUUCAAACAUUUGUGGCGAUUGUUCCGUUCCUGGUGUGGCUAGUACAAUGGCUGCAUCGAAGUCCCAUAACUUUAUACGAACUCAUUUUCAUCGUGCAACGCAGUGUGAUUUUUGUGGCAAGAAAAUCUGGCUAAAGGAUGCAAUGCAGUGUAAGGACUGUACCAUGUGCUGCCACAAAAAGUGUAUUGCCAAGUGCCAGAGCGCCACCGUUUGUGGUCCAGUCGACUACUCUGGGUCGAUACCAAACACACUCUUUGCCCCUCCAGUAACAGUGAACAAGCCAGAGUUUACAAUUACACAGGCCGAAUAUAUUGAUAUUUCGGAGCCCAAACCUUUAAGCUCUAUGACAACGGAGGAGACUUCGUCGCAAGGCAGCAUUGAGCAAACGCACAAUCCUAAUAUGGACGUGCAUAGAGCUAGUUUAACGGGUAUGCUGACACAGGGAAUAAAGCGACAAGCCAGCAAUCUGGACAUACCAGGCAUAGUCUCCUCACUUUCAGGAAACAGCUCACAGGCUAACUCAAAAAGUCUACCGCCGAGUCCGCAGCAUACGCCGUCGCGAAAGUCGUCGAUAACAGAAGAAACCUCGCAACAUCAUCAUUCAAAUCCAAAUCCCUUUGCAAUGAUCACGCCCCAUUUAGAGGCUCUUCCCUCGGAGUUUACAGCAUUAACUUUGGAGCAAGUUGCUCUCAUCACUGAACCAAUCAUUAAACAUUCCCGAAACGAGGAUCUGAUGAGCCUGGCUAAGAGUUACAGUAAGCUUCUCUAUGCGGAAGUCCCCCCCGACGAGCGAGUGACCAAAAUAAAUGAACUGCUAACAAAACUGAAGGGUGCACUAGAUGCGGAAUCGAAGGGCAGCACGAUGCUAAAUUAUACUGAAAAGGCGACCACACACCGAAUGGAAUCAGAGUCGCCAUGGAAAUCAAUGGCCUGCACAAAAACUAGGUCCGAGGAACGAGUUCAAGCCUUGAGUAUUAUCAUGUUGUAUUUAUGCACAGGACUACAACAUGCCCAGGGCUCCGCAAUGCAAUAGAGAGUUUUUAAAUAUAAAGUUUGUUACGUAUUUGACUGUAAAUGUGUUAGUGAAUCUAUGGGCAUUUUUAAUUUGUGAAUGCCAUAACUUAUUAUUAAGACACUUUUUCCGGCAAAACUAUGAAUUUGUAUGUUAAAAAAUUUGUCAAAUUAAUACAAUUUCCAUAUACGAUAUAUCAAUAUACAUAAUACUUUUACACUAGCAUUUUUCGACGCAACUAUUUUCGCGUUUGCUAUUUUUUGCUAGGCCAGUAACAUUUUCUGUCCUACCCAUUCCAUUCCAAUUAACAAAUUAACAAUAUAAAUGGGUCAAAUGGCUCCCGUCCCUCCGCCAAAUGCAUUCUGGUUAUGCACCAACACAAGUGACAUAUGAUGAGAUUAUUUUAUUUUAUUUUUAAAACCAAGCAUUUUAUAUCGUUUGUAUUUUUUAUCAUUGCCCGUAGCUGAUUACCGAUUUUAAGAAGAUUAAAUGCAUACAACAUAUGUAUCAUGGUAAGUGCCCGAACUACGAAGAUGUUAUACCAACAUUUUGACAAAACAAACAAAAAGCAAUUCAGCUUUGAUCACAGCUAAGGGGAUAUCGACAGAUAACAGUAUAUAUGUACAUACAUACUUGCUAUAAAAGCCGCUCCACAGUCUAUUUCUCACAUUCAUCGGAAUACGAGUCACCCCAAAUAUACCUUGUAAAAAAGAAAGAGUGCUCCAGUCGGGAGUGCCCGACAAGGGGAUACCCUUAUACUUCAUCCAUCCAUACCAGAUGGCGCUCGCGCUGCGCUCUCAGUGGCACCUUACGCGUUUUUACUUAAUCAUAUUUUAUGAAUAAAGCAUUAAUUAAUAAAAA